AUGUUUGUUCCGAGACUUGGCUUCUCGAUUUGUUAUUUAUUUAUUUUAAUUAUUCAAAGAGCCGCUAGUUCAUCUUCAUGUGUUUAUGAUGUUGAUCAUGGGCAAAAACUAGAUAUUCGUACUCUAGGAAAUUCCGAUGGUAAACGACCUAAAUAUGACAACAUCCCAAAUACAAGUCCUGUUAAAAGUAGUCUCAGUUGGAAUGGAUGUUUUCCUUAUUCAAAAUUUGAUGGUGGCAGUUGUAAAGACGCUGCAGCAUGUCUUACUAGUACGACAACGGGUCAGUCAGCGCUCAUUGUGAGACCCAGUGCUGUGAAAUUCGAACCUGAGGAAAACGUUAAUCUACUUGUUUAUCAGUCGGGCGAAACAACUCUUACUGUUUAUUUAACCUGUGCUGAUAUCGAUGAGGAUAAAAUAAAUUCCCGGCAAGAUAGUCCAACAAUAUUUAAUAUCUAUCUUCAAUCUCGAUGUUGUUGUCCUGGUAAAUGCCAUUUUUCAACUCAAUCUGGAUCUCUAACUGGUGGUGCUGUAUUCGUUAUUCUAUUGGUUUCUGUUCUAUUCGCUUACAUUGUUGGUGGAAUGUUAUUUUUAAAGUAUGCUCGUGGUGCUACUGGUACUGAUAUCAUACCACAUCGUAUGAUAUGGUUAAAUGUAGUAUCAUAUGUACUAGAUGGACUCAGAUAUACUCUUCAAAUUAUUCGACAAAGGGGUCUAAAUGUUGAUUAUCAAAAAAUAUAG